AUGAUGUACAAGGCUUUAGAUAGAGAGAAAAUCAAGACUUUCUUUGAUGAUCAUACACUCAAGAGAGGAGAAAACAUAUCAGCAGCACUUUUUCGUGCAAUAGAAGUUUCAAAGAUUUCUGUGGUUAUAUGCUCUGAAAACUACGCUUUGUCAAGUUGGUGCUUGGAUGAACUUGUUAAGAUCCUUGAAUGUCAAAAAUCAAAGCAGCAGAUUGUUAUCCCAGUUUUUUACAAAGUGGAUCCUGCACAUGUACGACAUCAAACUGGUAGUUUUGGUCAAGCCCUUGCCAGGGUGAAAUACAACAAGGACAAGGUCCCCAGAUGGAAGGCAGCUCUUACACAAGUAGCAAAUUUGUCUGGAUGGACUUAUGUGGACGGGUAUGAAUCUGAUUUUAUCGAGAAGAUUGUUAAAGAGAUAUUGGAUGUGGUCGGCCUCAACGACCAAAAGACGAAGCAAUAA